UCAGGACCUCAAAACGCCCACAACGCGACUGGUUGUUUGCAGUGUUUGCAGUGUUACAAAAUGAAAAACCUAUGAGCAACAAAGUCGCAGUCUCCUGAAUUGUAGCAGAUUUCAGCUUCAAAUAACAGUCACGAGCGAGGUCAGCACUUUAACUUAGACGGAACUGUCAAAGGUUAAAUUAAAUUGCCAUGGAUAAAACAGUCAGCCUGCCAAAUCAACCUGGAAACAGGACAGUCGUGACGCUGGUGGAAUCGAAUGACAAGCCGAAUGGGUUGGAACUUGUGAGCUCCUAUCAGACGAAUAGGCUGGGUGAUCCUAUGGACUUGGUGUCCCUGGCACAAGUAGUACAGAAGUCAGAUGAAUUCGUCCGAGCCAAUGCUUGUAACAGGCUGACUGUCAUUGCAGACCAAAUCCGGUACCUCCAGGAGCAAGCUCGUAAGGUUUUAGAGGAGGCCAAGAAAGAUGCUGAUCUCCACCACGCUGCCUGUAAUGUGGUGAAGAAACCUGGGAACAUGUAUUACCUUUAUCUGCGUGAAUCCGGACAACGUUACUUCUCCAUUGUGUCUCCUCAGGAAUGGGGAUCCAGCUGUCCACACAAGUUCCUUGGUGCCUAUAAACUACAGUACGAUAUGUCCUGGACUCCAAUAGAUGAUGUGGAAAAGAAGGAUGCCGAGAUUGCCAUCAUGGAUAAACUACUGAACCAGCAGACUGCGCUACCUCCCUGCACAGAGCCCAACUUCCAUGGCCUCUCCAAAUGAGAAUGACUUUUUUUUUUUUACCUCCCCAAGAGUCUUAAAAAAUGAACUUAAGUGAUGGUUAUACGUUGAGUAAUAGAUGUAACCUCCACUUUAACUAAAGUGAGUUGCAGAAAUGGGACUACAUUCUCUCCAUGAAAGCUGACAGGAAUUUGGCUUGAGUCCACAGUGUGCCUCCAGAUCACUUUCAGUUUGAUAUCACCGGUAAAAGCUCAAGCAGUAAUCUUAUAUGAGUAGCAUAACAAAAUCCUACAAAUAUAGAAUUAUCAAGUCUUUUUUGAGUUAUAUUUCAUAAAUCAACAUUUUAUAGACACGCUAUGCAGUGGUUUUUUUAAAUUGAUAAAAUGUUGUAAUGCUGUGUAUUAAGAGUAAUGCUUAAGGCACAAUAAAAAUACAAGUGUUUAUCAGUA